AACGCUCAGCCACAGCCCGCACCGGGCCCGGAGACAAAGUAGCGAAGGGCAGACGCUGCUCGCGGAGGACACUCUCUCCCCUCGCUUUCGGAGGCAGGCCGAGACUCCUGCUAGCUGAGCUUCUCGGCUCCCGCGCUGUGGACGGGCCGUGCGCCCCCCCCGAGGGGAACACAGGGAGCAGGAGAGGCCUUUCCAGCCGCUCCGGGGCCAUGGCUGAGUGGCCGGGGCCCAGGGCCGACCCCGAGCAGAUGAUCUGGAGCCCUGGCUCCAGCAUGGCUGCACUCCGGUCCCCCACGGGCUUGGAGGUGAAGCUGGGCUCCCUGGUGACGCUGCUGCUGCUGACCAUCUUGUGCGGCCUAGCUCCACUCUGCGUCUUCCGGCCACACGGGAGCGGGGCCGGUUCGUUGGACACACGCAGAAAAGUCCUGAGCUUGGUGAGCUGCUUUGCGGGUGGCGUGUUCCUGGCUACCUGCCUCCUCGAUCUGGUCCCCGACUACCUGGCGAGCAUCAACCAAGCGCUGGCUUCCCUGAGAGUCACACUCCAGUUCCCCCUGCCGGAGUUCAUCCUGGCCAUGGGCUUCUUCCUGGUGCUGGUGAUGGAGCAGAUUGUGCUGGCCUACAAGGACCAGUCUGGCUCCCUAGAGGAGACGCGGGCUCUACUGGGGGCCUCGGCCCAGGACAGCACCGUGCAGUCCCAGCACUGGCAGGAGGGGCCCCUGCGCCCCGCCUGGGGCUCUGCCCAGGAGCGCCCCCACGUGCACGUUGACUUCAAUGCGCACUCGGCCAUCCGCUCCUUUAUCCUGGUCUUCUCGCUCUCGCUGCACUCCGUCUUCGAGGGGCUGGCCGUGGGGCUGCAGGAGGCCAGCGCCAAGGUGCUGGAGAUCUGCCUGGCCCUGCUCAUCCACAAGUGCGUCAUCGCCUUCAGCCUCUCGCUCAAGCUGCUGCAGGGCCGGCUGCGCCCCCGGGCCGUGGUCGGCUGCCUGCUGCUCUUCGCCCUCAUGUCCCCGCUGGGGAUCGGCCUGGGGGUGGCCCUGACGGAGACCUCGGGCGCCCUGCACCAGCUCUCCCGCAGUGUGCUGGAGGGGCUGGCCACCGGCACCUUCAUCUACAUCACCUUCAUGGAGAUCCUGCCGCACGAGCUCAGCUCCUCCGAGCAGAGGAUCCUCAAGGUCAUCCUGCUCCUCGCCGGCUUCGCCCUGGUCACCAGCAUCCUCUUCAUCAAGAUCUGAGCUGCCCACGGCCCCCACUGCCAGGGACAGACCGGGACUAUGGGGGCAGAUGCAGCCCUGCGGCGGUUCCUGGCUGAUCCAGCUGCCUUCUGACCCGGGUCUGGUGCUUGGGAACCCUCCCGCCACAGCCCCGCGGCGAAGCGAUUGCCCAGCCUCGGCCAAGGAGCAGCACGUCUGCCCUGCCGGCAGGAGUUCUGGCACUUGUGCCCCUGCUGCCAGCAGCGGGGGAUGGAUCCCAGGACUGGCGGGGGCUGGCCCUGCACUGGAGGAAAUGCUGGGGGUCCUGCUCUGGUAGAGUGCUGGUCGGUCCCUCUGCACCCUGCCUGCUGCCAGGACCCAUGGAUUGAUCCCAGCGCCCCCUGAAUCUAAACCUGCCUGGGGCUCAGGGCAGCUUCCUCCACCCUGGCAUGGCUCCGCUAGGGCCCCAGCCUGGCCAUGCUGGGGGAGAGUCAGAGGAUGCUUCAAUAUGAGCACUGCCCCGUAACCCUGCUGCAAAGCCCUCGGGCGCAUGCUUGGCUGAGCUGGGGCCUGCGGGGGCACCGGGGGUCUGAGGUAGCUUCGCUGCCCCCAGCUCCUCUGCAGGGGGGCGGUUGCCCAGCUGGCAGCAUUUCCCUCUCCAUCCCCGGGAAGGCCGGGACGGCGUGUUCCUAGCCGAGCCCUCAGGCCAGGAGAGUGCAGGCCCUGCAGUGCCAAUGCCUCCUUCCGCUCCCCUCCCACUGCAGUUUUCAGCCAAUUGGAGGGCAGUGUUGCCUAGUGGCUAGAGCACUGGACUGGGCCUCAGGAGCCCUGGGGUCUAUUCCUGGCGGUGCCCUGGGCGAUCUUGGGCAAGUCACUUCACCCUCUGUGCCUCAGUUUCCCCAUCUGUAACUGGGGGACCGUGAUCCUGACCUUGGUGCAGUGCGACGGCUGAGAAGAGGAGCUGGGAAUGAUGAAUUAUUUUUUUAAGGAAUACAGAGUAAAGACUGAGUCUGUGGCCUAGUUAUCCACACCGGGCCGGCGGCCUAGCUCAGCCAGUGAGAUCAGUGACGUGGCGCCGGUUCACACCCGCUGGAGGGUACCAGUUCCUGUACCUGUGGUUGGGGGGAUGUCCCUGCCGGGGCAGUCCCCUGCUCGUACCGGUAUAAAAGUGCCUUAGAGCCCUCCAGCGUGGUCCCCUUCCCGCAUGGAGUCUUCCAAUGGAGCCACUGGUGUCGCCCUGGGCCGGGCCAAGACCCCAAGGUGCCAGGAGCUGCGCGGAUACCGAACAAAAAGAUGGGCCUGCCUCAAAGAGCUUCCAGCAUCUAAAGUGCAGACCUGGCUUCCUGGGCUACACAAUCGAACGGCCUUAACCCCACACCACUAUUUUUAUAAACAGCCUCUUUCCAGCUGCCUGGGAGGUGGUAGGAAAGCCACGCCCAGCCGCUUUACGUACAGAGUCUAUUUUACUAACGGCCUGUUUCUCCUUCCCGCCUUGCUGGUGGAAACGCAGCUGUUUGGUUAAAAUACUGACAGAGAAACUUUGAGAAUUUGAAAAAUAAAAUAACUUUAAUCUCU